GGCGCCUACGCGGUUGCCGUGGCGCAGCUCUGGGUCGGCCCCUAGCCCCACGUCAACAGCGGAGGCCCCGCGCCCUGGCUUUACUCCUACGCCGCUGACGUAACGUCAUCUUUCGGGACGUGGACGGAAGAAAAAGGAGAGUAAUCCGGCGCCAGAAUCUCACCCGCGUGUACUCUGGGCUGGGCGUCGGGGCCCUGCGGUAGCGGUGGCGGCGGUGCUGAAGCAGGUACUUUGAUCAUUGACCACAUCACAACAUGUUGAGUCAAGUCUUCCGCUCUGGGUUUCAGCCCUUCAACCAGCGUCUCCUGCUCCGGGCCCCAUGUACAGCUCUCUCCAGAUCUAAUCCUGUCCAGCCUUUAGCCAUCAGACAUGUUCGUUCUUGGAGCAACAUCCCCUUUAUCACUGUACCCCUCAGUCGUGCACAUGGCAAGUCUUUUGCCCACCGCAGUGAGCUGAAACAUGCUAAGAGAAUCGUGGUGAAACUCGGAAGUGCUGUGGUGACCCGAGGGGAUGAAUGUGGCCUAGCACUGGGACGCUUGGCAUCUAUUGUUGAACAGGUGUCAGUGCUACAGAACCAAGGCCGAGAGAUGAUGCUGGUAACCAGUGGAGCCGUAGCCUUUGGCAGGCAACGCUUGCGCCAUGAGAUCCUUCUGUCUCAGAGUGUGCGGCAGGCCCUGCACUCAGGGCAGAACCAGCUGAAAGAGAUGGCGAUUCCUGUCUUAGAAGCCCGAGCCUGUGCAGCCGCUGGACAAAGUGGACUGAUGGCCUUGUAUGAAGCCAUGUUUACCCAGUACAGCAUCUGUGCUGCCCAGAUUUUGGUGACAAAUUUGGAUUUCCACGAUGAGCAGAAGCGACGGAACCUCAAUGGGACACUUCAUGAGCUCCUCCGAAUGAACAUCGUCCCUAUUAUCAACACAAAUGAUGCUGUUGUCCCCCCAGCUGAGCCCAAUAGUGAUCUCCAGGGGGUAAAUGUUAUUAGUGUUAAAGAUAAUGAUAGCCUGGCUGCCCGUCUGGCCGUGGAAAUGAAAACUGACCUCUUGAUUGUUCUUUCAGAUGUAGAAGGCCUCUUUGACAGCCCCCCAGGGUCUGAUGAUGCAAAGCUCAUUGAUAUAUUUUAUCCCGGAGAUCAGCAGUCUGUGACAUUUGGAACCAAGUCGAGAGUGGGACUGGGUGGCAUGGAAGCCAAGGUGAAAGCGGCCCUCUGGGCUUUGCAAGGUGGCACUUCUGUGGUUAUUGCCAAUGGAACCCACCCAAAGGUGUCUGGGCACGUCAUCACAGAUAUUGUGGAAGGAAAGAAAGUUGGCACCUUCUUUUCCGAAGUAAAGCCUGCAGGCCCUACUGUUGAGCAGCAGGGAGAAAUGGCUCGGUCAGGAGGAAGGAUGUUGGCCACUUUGGAACCGGAGCAGAGAGCAGAGAUUAUUCAUCAUCUGGCUGAUCUGCUGACGGACCAACGCGAUGCGAUCCUGUUAGCCAACAAAAAAGACUUGGAGGAGGCAGAGGGGAGACUUGCAGCUCCUCUGCUGAAACGUUUGAGCCUCUCCACGUCUAAGUUAAACAGCCUGGCCAUUGGUCUGCGGCAGAUCGCAGCCUCCUCACAGGACAGUGUGGGGCGUGUUUUGCGCCGAACCCGAAUUGCCAAAAACUUGGAACUAGAACAAGUGACUGUUCCAAUUGGAGUUCUGCUGGUCAUCUUUGAAUCUCGCCCUGACUGUCUACCCCAGGUGGCAGCCUUGGCUAUUGCAAGUGGUAAUGGCUUAUUACUCAAAGGAGGGAAGGAGGCUGCACACAGUAACCGGAUUCUUCACCUCCUGACCCAGGAGGCCCUCUCGAUCCAUGGAGUCAAGGAAGCUGUACAGUUGGUGAAUACCAGAGAAGAAGUAGAAGAUCUUUGCCGCCUUGACAAAAUAAUAGAUUUGAUCAUUCCACGUGGCUCUUCCCAGCUGGUCAGAGACAUCCAGAAAGCCGCUAAGGGAAUUCCAGUGAUGGGGCACAGUGAAGGGAUCUGUCACAUGUAUGUGGAUUCAGAGGCCAAUGUCGAUAAAGCCACCAGACUAGUCAGAGACUCUAAAUGUGAGUAUCCAGCUGCCUGUAAUGCUUUGGAGACCUUGUUAAUCCACCGAGACCUGCUGAGAACACCGCUGUUUGACCAGAUCAUUGAUAUGCUGAGAGUGGAACAGGUGAAAAUCCAUGCAGGCCCCAAGUUUGCCUCCUAUCUGACCUUCAGCCCCUCUGAAGUGAAGUCCCUCCGAACUGAGUAUGGUGACCUGGAAUUGUGCAUUGAAGUGGUAGACAGUAUCCAGGAGGCCAUUGACCACAUCCACAAGUACGGCAGCUCCCAUACAGAUGUCAUCGUCACAGAGAAUGAGAAAACAGCAGAGUUCUUCCUCCACCACGUGGAUAGUGCCUGUGUGUUCUGGAACGCCAGCACUCGCUUCUCUGAUGGCUACCGCUUCGGACUGGGAGCUGAAGUGGGAAUCAGCACAUCACGAAUCCACGCCCGGGGACCAGUAGGACUUGAGGGACUCCUUACUACCAAGUGGCUGCUGCGAGGGCAGGACCACGUCGUCUCAGAUUUCUCAGAGCAUGGAAGUUUAAAAUAUCUUCACGAGAACCUCCCUGUUCCUCAGAGAAACAGCAACUGAGAGCAUGCAGAGAAGAACUGGGAACGUUCCUAGAGUUAAACCUGUCGUCACAGUCUCGGGGCGAGUCAGGUCUCAUCUCCCACUUCUGGAAGGGUCUGCCUGUUGGAAAGAUGCUUCUGCGUUCCGACUGGCGGCAUCAGUCUUGGCUAAUGACUCGCAUUCCAGCUCACCCUUUUCUUUUUUCUUUCUUUUUCUAAGUUAGAAAAUAGUUGCUGUGGGUAUGAACUUUGCUUAAUUGCUGCAGAGAGGGACUUCGCACAGUCCAGUUCUC